AUGGCCAUGUUAUCCAAGGCUCGUUCGACGACGCAGCGGCGUAGAAGUUCCGCGCGUAAUGUCAAGGUGGACGAAGUCCCUAAUCGACCUGUCAAGGAAGUUCCCUCAGAGCUCCGUAACAGUCAACCACGCACUUCCCCAGUACCCAAGUCACAAUGGCGAAAGUCCCUGCAAACCUCAAGCAACCGGAGCCUCUUACAGCGACCUCCCGAACGCAUGGGACACAGGCCAUCAACCUCCAGCGAAGCAACGUUAGCCCGCCUCAAAGAAGUCGUCCUCUCCACCCCAAGCCGUCCAAGCCGUCCGCACUCUCCGCCUCCCCAUCUCCACCAACUCUCCCCCGAUAUCUCCUUCAUCCACCGCCACGAAGUCGCCACCCACCAAGCCGCCAUCCGCUCAGGGCGUCCCUCUCCCGUCCUCUCACACCAAGCCCGCGGCAGCAAUCCCAUAGAUGUCAUAGGUUACACCUUCCACCCCGGCCGUAGAGAUUCGUCCUCCACUGCGCUGUACUCAAAUUCUACCAUACCAGGCGAGUAUAUUCCUCCUUCGCCGCGCGAGGUCCCCUCCCCUGCACGCGUGAUGUCACCUUUUCGUCGAGAGGCUAUUCGGCUGGAUUCGGUUGCUAGACCAGUGCUGGUUCCCAGGCUGGACCAGCCGCCUUUUGUGCCGGCGCUGCCUGAGGGGACGGUGGUGAGGCCGUUGAGGGAAUGGGGGAGGAGUACAAGUGCGCCGGAGAGCUGGGAAAGCGUGUUGAGGCAUAGCGCCGUGUACAGGGCAUGGCAAGAGGAUUAUAGUCCUAGGGUGCCGAGUCCUUUGCAUGAGCAACAUGGCCCGGACAGUUUCAGGACGGGAGAAAGCGAGGAAGACAAUUGGAGUCAUGGGACCACGCCGCUAGAUGGGGUUGGACUCGUGAAUGGCGUAACAAAAGAGCCGAGGAUGAGAGGCGGUGGAGAAGAUUACUUUUCGCUUCCUGUGAGAAGGGAGGCUCGGUUCGACCAGCAUUGGUAUGGAUGGGACCAUGAUUGUGAGACUCACCCGGAAGAAGCUCCACACAGCGAACGAUACCCCCUUCCCGAAGGCUACAACCUUGCCACCUGCAUGAACCCUACAAGCGAAAUUCCCCAUCUCCGUGGUGGCGGGAACCAAAGUCGAGAACCGAAACGCAUCCCAGCAUCCCUAUUCUACCUGGCGGGUGCUACAGGUCGAAAGCCUGAGGAAACCAUCACGGUGGAUGCGUGGAACAAGAUGAAGCCGAAGAAGAGGAUGGGUGGGCUGUUAGGCAUGGCGGUCUUCGGCAACAAAGGUGGAAAACCGUAUAAUCCAGAGAAGAGGGACCAGGAGGUGCAGACGGAGCCGGAGCCUGAGCAUCAGCCUCAGCCUCAGCCUGCUGUAUCAGUUCAGGUGGACGUAGCGGCUGGUAAUCAGUGA